UUAUCGAAUUCUGCUGGUGUUUUGUUUUUGUUAAUUCUUGUGGCGAAUAAAAUAAACGAAAUGGAGCAUUUCUUAAUGGAAUGCGGCAUUUGACCAGGCGGGCACCAGCAGCGGCAUGCCACAGAAGUGCAGCAGAACGAUUUGGGUAACAUUAUAACGGAGAUUCAGCUGGUUGCCAGCAAGCAGUAGAAUCGAAACGAAACGAAUCGCCCGUGAGCAAGUGGUUUUAGUUCGCUCCCCGAAGACGAAUGUAAAUUUUAAUUAAAAUCAAUUAGGCGCACACACCGCAAGCACGCACCCAAAACCUAAACCAAACCAAUCCCACUCCGUAUGCUUAUUGGGUGAGCGAGCAGCAUACGUUGGGACGAUAUUCCGCGCUUAACCUGUUCAGUCGGUGGUCGGUGGUCGUGGUCGUGGCGGUGCUGCAACCAAUGGACAUAAUUGGUCUAAUUGGACAGAGCAGCAGCAGCGGAGCACCCACAGUUACAAUAGGAUGGCACAAUUUACACUCUACAACAAACACAAUGCGCCGCCCAGCAACGAUAUUACACGCGUCGACUGUGAGCAUGUCCCUCUAUGCUCCGCCAACGACGUACAGCUAAGAUUCCUGGUGCCCGAUGACCUGACCGAGGUGCGGCAACUGUGCCAAGAAUGGUUUCCAAUUGACUAUCCACUCUCAUGGUAUGAGGAUAUUACCUCAAGCACGCGCUUCUUUGCGCUGGCAGCUGUAUAUAAUCUGGCCAUAAUUGGUUUAAUCGUUGCCGAAAUCAAACCGUACCGAAAUGUCAAUAAGGAGGUAAUAGCCAAUAUGAGUGAUAGUGAUGAAUUGUACACCAGGCUGAGCGGUUUUCCAAUGCAGGACAAGGGUAUAUUGCCGGACUCGAUGGGUCGCACCGCGGACGUUGGCUACAUACUGUCCCUGGGCGUGCAUCGAUCGCAUCGACGCAAUGGGAUCGGAUCGCUGCUGCUGGAUGCCCUCAUGAACCACCUGACGACGGUCGAACGGCACUCGGUGAAGGCAAUCUUCCUGCACACGCUGACCACCAACCAACCUGCCAUAUUUUUCUAUGAAAAGCGAAGAUUCACGCUACACUCGUUCCUGCCCUACUACUACAACAUCAGGGGCAAGGGCAAGGACGGCUUCACCUACGUGAACUACAUAAACGGCGGCCAUCCACCUUGGACACUAUUAGAUCACAUCAAGCACUACGCCUCCAAGGUGCGGCACACCAGCACACUCUGUGCGUGGAUGGGCUCUCGUGUGCAGCAGGUGGUGCGUUGGUUCUACCACAAGCUGCUGAUGCGCUUCAACUUUAUUGAAUGAGCCACAGGACUGACACAAUCCACACACACACACACAACAAACUGGCAUUCUUCCGAGUCACAAAAACAAUUUUAGUUCUGAUUUUGAGUGGAUGCACAGCAUUCAUUAUGUUAUGUCAUGCUACUCAGCACACACAAGAACAUAUAUAUAUAUAAAUAAUAGCACACACACACAGACACACACACACACAUCAUACGCUAGACACCUUCAUUAUAAAUGUUAGGCAUAAAUACCUCCUGCAGAUCAUUUCGUUUUAUACAACAAACAAAA